AUCGUUCUGAAUUAGGUCGAGCUGCUUCUUGGUUUUCGACCAGACCUGUAUUCCGUCCUGUCUGCGCGACUUGCUCCGUGCGGUCUCCGCUCCGCACAAGAGCCAUUGCAACAGCUUUCCGUCGAGAGCGUUAAAAAAACCCUUACGAGAAGGUUUCUUCCUAGUGUGCUCGUGACGAAAAGCCUUGCGUUUUAGUGUGCUCCUGACACUCUCGUAACUCGCGCAGUCCUCUCCGCAGCACAGCUGCUCCACACCAAUACAGGCCUGCUCCAUACCAAUCAGCUUGCUCCUUACGAAUCAGGUUCCUCCUUACCAUUCAGAUUGCUUCUUACCAAUAACUCCGGUCUUGAAUUCGUAUAUGAGGGCCUCUUCAAGACCCUUCCUGGCAUCCCUUCUGGCACCCCUCCUGGCUCCCCUGCUGGCUUCCCCGCGUCUCAGUUUCUCCCAUGGCGCUUCUCAGCGCCCAACGCAUCAUCGCUUCUGUCCCUUCUUCAACCAGCGGCCUAGUUGUGGGGAAAUCUUAUCAAAUCGAGCUGUCUGCUCCCCGCAGCAGCUUCUACUCGGGGAGCCCUCUAAUCAGCACCAGGCCUCUAGAGAAAUCUCUAUCGCCUUCUUUGGCGAGACGCUCAUUGACGCGAAGCGUCAAGAGUCGUUGUAGUUCCCAGCAGGGGUUACGUCUGCGUGGUUCCGGUCUACGUUCGGGUGUUUUCCCCCGUGAAACCCGCAGGGGGGAGCUCUUGGGGUCGGCUGCUCGUAGCUCAAGCUUUCCUAGCGUCGCUCGGAUUUCGAGGGUUUCGCACCAGGUUGCAAAGGCCGAUGGAGCGUCGCCGGGUUUCGUAUGCGACUCAUCCGGGCGGUUCUUCUCGGGAUGUACUGGUCUCUCGUGUCCUCUCUCGUCGCCGUGUCUUCCCUCGCGCGUCGCAAGCUUUCGUUCGCUUCGCACGUUACCAACAUGUGAGGUUUCGCAACCGUCGCCGCGUUCGUUCCAGUGCUCAUCGGCGACUCGCAUAGGAGCCCUUGGCCCGGUCGCACUGACGUCGCACGGGCGAUCGUUCCGGCGAUCCGCGUUCGGCACCCGACCGCGAGCGAAGAUCAGCCAGCACCGGAACUCGACGGCACACAUGACGCCGCGCCGGGCGUUCAGGGGGCAGCGGCGCGCGCAGAGGAACCGAGUGACGGUGCAAGAAGCGGUGGACGCACGGGUAGAACAGCCAUGCCAUCACAGCAGCGACCGCAGCAGCAGCAGCAGCAGUUGUGUAACUGGCGGCAGCAGCAGUAGCAGUAGCAGUGUUUGUUCCGGCAGCUUUAACGGUCAUGAUAUGGUGGCGGGUUUGUGUGGCGAGGUUGUAACGAAUGCGGGAGCAGCAGCGGGUUUCGUGCCGGGUUGUGACAUUAGCGGGGCCUUGGAUCCAAACGCGGAUUUCGUGCCGGAAGCUGAUGACGUGGCGCAGCUAGAGAGAGUCCUGGCGCAAGCUGACGUGGAGUCUGUCACAGAAUCUAAUGGGCAGACCGCCAUUCCCAAUGAGGACUAUUCUUUCAACCCCUUGGGAUUACCGAACCUGGGGGCUUUUGGGCCUUCAGAUGUCUCGGAGGGUCGAAACGAUCUGGAUGGGUGGUCAUCCUCGUUAAGAGACGAACCAAUGGGUUCGCUACAAGAUUGGGUGGAUUGGUUCGAAAGGCGCGAUUCCCACAUUGAAUCGGUAUUUGUAGGCAACAGUGAGCGUGGCACGCUGAGACUAGGGGAGUGGGAGAGGGGGUUCAUGAGCUACGGUUCUGGGGAGGAGGAGUUGGUUGUACCGGAUGCCCUUCCGCUGCUGAGGGAAUCCCCGCUAGUGGAUGACUCGUCUUGCGGUGGUAGCGACACUGAGAUGGACAGCAGCAGUAGCAGCAGCAGCAGCAGCAGUGACAUCAAUGGCUACAUGAGUAUACUGGAACCGCUUGUGCUGUCAAAAGUUGAAAGACAGCAGCCGAAGCAGAAGCAUCAGCGGCAGCAGGAGAAAGUUGGGGAAGCAACGGGGUCCGACCAGCUUGGACACAAGGCAGCAGAGGAGGGGGAGGAGCAGCUCGAAGGGGCGGAGGAAGCAGAAAAGUCAAUCUCUGAAGAGGCAUCAUCUGAAGAGGCAUCAUCUGAAGAGGCAUCAUCUGAAGAUUCCUCAUCUGUGUUGUCUGCCCAACCUGCCCAUCCCGCUGCUUUGAUAGCGUUCUACUGGACAUACAUGUUCAACUGCUUUGGCGAGCACUCAUGGCGGUUUGCAGGAGCGGCCCUGCUCGCGUUAUUGCAUCACUCGUUACUGCCCGUGGCUGUUGCAAGCUUCGUUAGCCAGCUGGUGGUAUUUAUAGGAGCGCCUCUCGUGGGCGAGCUUAUGGACUCCGCUCCCAGGGUGGCUGCAUUCAGCACCAUCUCUGUUGCUCAGACCUGUGCCAUGGUAGUUGCAGCCCUCGCCACCAUACACGCCAUUCAACUAGCGUCCCCUGCUGCAGCAGCAGCAGCAGCAGGCGCAGCUGCCACGUCAGCCGCCACGUCGGCUGCCACGUCAGCGCUAUCUGCGCUCCCGGGCACAGCUUUGCUACGGCAUGGGUGGUUCAUAGUGCUCGUGGUGGCGGGUGCUGUGGAGAGGCUCACUGGAUUGGCAUCAGGAGUUGCUUUCGAGAGAGAUUGGGUGAUUGUGCUGGCCGGUCAGGAUCGACCUGUUGCUCUGGCGAAUGCCAACGCCAUGCUAAGAAGGGUGGAUCUGUGUUGUGAGGUAGCAGCACCACUCAUCUUCGGCUGGCUCAUCGUUGCUUUCAGCCCGCUUGUCUGUGCCAAGGCAUGCCUCGCCCUCAUCGCUCUCUCCCUCCCUGCCCUGCUCGCCCUCACCACUCUCACCAACCGUCUCUCCCAAGGAGUGCUUAGCAGACCUCGGCCUUUGGAGGAUGGCCCACAACAAGAGCUUUCUUGCCAGAGCGAAGAUCAACCCACACUGGCACCAGGAGCACCAGAUUCGGCACACAAGUCUCUGAGUUACGAGGUGACUUUUGAGUCGACUCAAAAGACAAACCAGUCUUCGAGUUGUCAUAUCGAGGAUUUCCCAAAGUGGCCGCAGGAGUCGUCGGUAGGGAGGAAGCAUCAAGAGCCGUCCUCGUCAUCAAGUGUGUACACACAUCAUUCCUUCAGUCCCCCGCACUCGCCCCUCCUCCCCCUCGUCGCCUUUCCGUUCAGCAGCACUCAUGCCGCUGCGCCCCUCCUCCCACUCGGCACGUACCGCUCCUCCUUGUCCUCGUUGCACCCCGUGCUGCAUGCAGCGGCAAGGAUGCAGUGGGUUGAUCACAGGCAGCACGCGCCGCUGCCACGUGCUUGCGGCGCCAGUCGCGAUUGUGGUGGCACUGCUGCUGCGGCCACAACUACUGCUUCUCCCACUGCUGCUUCUGCUGCUGCUGCUGCAGAAUUAAAGUGCGGCGCAUUACCUUUCCCAAGAUCGCUGAUUGCAGUGCUUGCUGCAACAGUGAAUUCCGCCAGAGCAGCUGCAGCAAUCGCAGUGGGGAGAACAUCAGCCGGGCUUAAGCAGGUGGCAGGGGCGGCAGGGGGGAUAAAAGAAGUGGUGGGUGGAGUGGGAAAAGUGGUGGGGGCGGCAGGGAAGAGGUGGAGCAGCUAUGUGCAGCAGCCGGUGGUGCCUGCCAGUGCGGCGUACGUGCUGCUCUUCUUUAAUGCCGUGCUCUCGCCCGGGGGACUUCUAACUUCGUUUCUGUCUCAACACGGGGUUCAAAUGUCAGUGAUUGGGGCAUUCAGGGGCGCCUGUGCCGCUAUGGGCUUUGCCGCCACCUUCGUUUCGCCACCGCUCGUGGCUAAACUGGGGGUUUUGCAGGCUGGCAGUGCUGCUCUCGUUUUCCAAGCCCUCCUCCUCGCCCUCUCAGUUGCAGUUUUCUCCUCUCUCUCGCACUGCCCUCCGGUGCUCCAGCAAGGGCUGCUGCUGCUCUUCCUCCUGCUAGUCGCGCUUUCCCGCGUGGGCCACUGGACAUUCGAAAUCGUCGACUCUCAGAUCAUCCAGACCGCCAUCCCUCCCGCAUCCGCCAAUCUAAUCGGCACCACUGAGAUCGCCCUCGCCAGCCUUGCAGAGCUCCUGAUGCUGGGCCUAGCCAUAAUUGUUCACGAUCCCAAGCAUUUCGGUGCGCUUGCCGCUAUGUCUAUGGCUGCGGUGUUUGCUGCUGCUGGCGUGUACUGCUCCUGGCUGGCUCGGCCCGACCCUCGGCUGGCGAAGCUGUUCCCGAACCAGCCAGAGGUUCGGUGGGGGGAGGUGUUUAGGAGGUGGGGAAAUGGAGGGGGGAGGAAGGAACGAGUGUGUGGUUAAGGAAUGAAGAAGAGAUUUGGAGAAAGGAGGGGUGCUGAUGGCCGUGCUGUUGCUGUUACCGGUCCUGCUUCUUCGGAGGUUGGGUACUUCCAGGGCUGAGCUCCAGACAGCUCAGAAGGUGAGGAGCUCUGGAGAAUAGAGGUCCGCAGACUUUGGGUUGACUCCACAGUGAUUGGUUACCGCCACUGGUGUUACCGCUGGUGUUACCGGUGCUGUUUGUUCCGGAGUUGACUUUUGACUCGACUCCAUCACCAUUGGUGGCCAGGCCACUGGUGUUAUCGAUGCUGGUUGGCUGGAGGAAGUUUUGAGGCGCCUUCAAUUUCCGGAGAAGAUUGGUUGUUGGCCGCUGGUGUGACUGGUGCUGUAUGGGCCGGAGCAGCAGCAGCGCCAGCAACGGUUGUCGCAGCAACUGCAGCAACAGCAGCGUGCGACACAACGGAACGCAGCAGCAACAGCGACAGCAGCAGCACAGCAUCAACAGCAGCGACAACAGAGGGAACUGCAACAACAGCAACAGCCGUGUCAUGAACAGGAUCAACAGCAGCAACAGUAACCGCCACAGCAGGACCAGCAACAUGAAGUACAACUGCUGCAGCCAUGACAGAAGCACUUCACAGCACGCCGGGAAAACAGCACCAGUUGAAACAUGGCUCCUCGCCACGUCAAUUGUCAUUGUUGUUGCCAUGCACCAAUUGUAAAAAGCGGGACUCGUAAACUAGAACUUGGCCAUUGAAUUUUAUACAUAGAAUUCGAGUUUGAGUAUACAGAUUCAAGCAUAGAUUUGGUGUGGCGUUUAUUGACUGGACUGC